GUAAUCAUGAUAACUCACAAAAUUGAGCAACCACAUGAACUUUGACUGGAAACGUUGCCAAGUGCAAACUUGACAAGUGGAUGCUUCCGCUCGAUGACCAUGACGACAUUCAGAGUUCAGUGACCAUCCAGAUCUAGUAAGUAAAGCAAGCAGCGUAUGUACGGGAUCACAUUACAUGUUUCGACACCACUGGUCUAUUGAACGAUUGAACAUCAACGUUCUACGUUAUGAGCCGAGGUUGUCUCAACACGAGGAGAGGAGAAAAACCUGCCGCAGGUGGGUCCAGCCGAGAGCUGCCCCAGGGGCCGAAAAUUGCACGCCGAGGCAGACAGCCGCCGAGAGCUUCACCUUCGUUUCCCCUGCCAGAUGGCUCUUUGUAAGCCGGAGCCGAGCUCGAGUCCCGUGGCCUAGUGCUGAUUAGUCCAUCUGGCAGAUCUCAGUAUCUGCAUGCACGCCGUUCGAGUGUCGAGUCUCGUGCAUUUUUGCUGAGUGCCACCUACGUCGCUGCAUUGCGAAUCAUGAACCAGAUGCCCGGUCUCAGAAGGCGAGCACAUGUUGUGUCAUUGCUGCCUCUAGAUUGUCCACUGACCGUGUUACAUACUGCUCCUCAGCGCAGCAGAGAUCAAAAGGGCGAUCCUUGCUAAGUUUUCAGAAAAACUGAACUGAAGUAAAGCUGGCCGGAGCUGAAAGAGACAUAAUGGACAUUCCGAGGACAAGGAGUUGGCGACACGAGGGUGGCAGUGGCAAAUUUCGUCAUUCUUCUCUCCAUCAUAAUAGGAGUGGGAUGUCGGAUCCACUGCUCGAUCCAGAGAAUCCGAGACAUGUUCGGUUCGCAGAAGGAACAGUUUCUGGUAGCCACAUUGAUUUGGACGCAGCAAACGAUGAUAGGCCAGACGAGUCACCUUGGGGAGGAGAGUAUAUCAAGAGCAUGGUUUAUGGAGGACUUGAUGCUAUUGUGACGACUUUCGCUCUGGUUGCGUCUGUUUCUGGUGGACAGUACAGUUCAGGGGCCGUGCUUGUACUGGGCUGUGCGAAUCUGAUAGCCGAUGGAAUAUCCAUGGGCUUUGGAGACUACUUGUCCUCCACGACUGAGAAGAGCUACGCAGCCACACAGAAGGAAAUAUCAGACUGGGAGUUUAGAAGGAACAUGGAACAACAGGUUAUGAACUUGGUCAAUAUAUACGUGGAGCAUGGGAUGGAGCGUAGUGAUGCUGAGCAAGUGGUUACCAUUUUUACCAAGUACGGCAACGUCUUCACCAAAGCUAAGAUGACAAUGGACGAUGGCCUACUCCCUCCAGAUGAAGAGGAGAGUGCUGUAAAAAAUGGACUCGUCACCUUCUUUUCAUUCCUCGCUUUUGGAUGUACUCCACUUCUUUCAUUUGCAGUGCUAAAUCCGAUUACGGAUAGCAUCUACGUGAAAUUCGGUGUCGCCUGUCUCGUCACGGCCCUGACGUUGGUUCUUCUCGGCGUCUGCAAGGCAAAGAUAUCAGGGGAGAAGUAUCUGAAUUCAGUUUUCACUGUUCUGGGCAACGGAGGUCUGGCAGCCCUUGCUGCCUAUUUCAUCAGUUAUUACUUGGAGAAGUUAUCAGGGACUGAUUGAUUCAUCUGUUUCACAACUUGUACAUGUACAUGAAACAACAUCGUUACCCUUCGUAAAAAGGAAGUAGACGCUGGUGAGAAACAUAAUUCCCUCUCAACUAAGCUUCGCAUAAGCUCUUGACGACAUGAAGAUUUUAUUUUGUACAUGUACUUUAUAGAGUACAGAAAUCUGAAGGUGGAUCUUGAUUUUAGUAGGGGCCAGGGACUGUCAAAUGGGAAAAAUCGGCUAUCCCAUGGACGUACAAUCUUGCAUCCGUACCUCUUGCCUUGCCACUUUAAAUUGCGGAAAAGUCGAGAGCUUUUGUGGAGGCUAACUAGGGCUUUCUAUCUCUCUCUCUCUCUCAUAGAGCCAUGCGACUUGCAGUCUGUACAUUGUCAACAAUUUUAAAUCUGUAGGCCCAUCUAUCAGCCAUAAUCUCGUGCAGAUGUUGAAGCUGCAUAGGGUUAGCAUUUUGUAAAACAAUGUGUGCGUAGAUGUGAUUAGUCUGAUCAUCGCAGCCAAUCGAGAAGGUCAAUGAGUCUGUGGCGGUUAAUUUCUGAGACUUGAUUCCCUCUUAAGGUUCAAGUGGUUGAAAGUGCAGUAAGGGAAGAAAACACUGGCCAUCAAGAACAGUGUAUACCUUUUGUCUACAUGGAAUUUGU